CUCCGCGCAUGCGCAGCUCGACAGACAGCUUCAGCGCUGAUUAGCUGCUUUAUCGCCACAGUUCGUGUUGAUUUCAGCUUUUUCUGACUCCUGUAAACAGUUUUCACAGAACUCUUCAGCGGAGCGGGUUCCACGCGGCCGAGGAGUGAAAGAAUAUGCCCAAAAAUAAAGGUAAAGGAGGUAAGAACCGGAGACGUGGAAAGAACGAGAAUGAGUCUGAGAAGAGAGAGCUGGUGUUCAAAGAGGACGGGCAGGAAUACGCUCAGGUGAUCAAGAUGUUGGGGAACGGGCGCCUGGAGGCCAUGUGCUUCGAUGGGACUAAGAGGCUCUGCCACAUCAGAGGAAAGCUCCGGAAAAAGGUAGAGGCUCUUUUCACCUGGACAGGCUCCGCCCACUUCACUGUGGAGGUCACAGAGGUCACAGCGACUCGGGUGAACUGUGUUUUUGUUUUCCUGCAGGUCUGGAUCAACACGUCCGACAUCAUCCUGGUGGGGCUGAGGGACUACCAGGACAACAAAGCCGACGUCAUCCUGAAGUACAACGCAGACGAGGCUCGCAGUUUGAAGGCUUACGGGGAGCUGCCAGAACACGCUAAAAUCAACGAGACGGACACGUUUGGACCCGGAGACGACGAUGAGAUCCAGUUCGACGACAUCGGGGACGACGACGAGGACAUCGAUGACAUCUAACGCUGCGACUGAAGGCUGGAUUUUACUACAGACGCUCCGAUCGGGGAGGUUUUGGGACGAUUCUGCACAUUAUUUUAUUAAAACUCAGUUUAUUAUUGUUUGUUUACUCUUCCUGUUGGUUUUCUCAGUUUUAAGCUGUUUAAACUCCAUCAGAAAAUAUUCUAACUUUUUUUUUUUUCAUUUCAUUCACUGAUUUGUUUUAUUUUGUAGAUUCAGCUGCAGAAUAUCACCACCUCAUUUUAAAACAAGUAUUUAUAUUAAUUUCCCUCUGUGGGAUUUAGAAUCAGAAUAAAACUUGUUUUUUGUCGGAGCUGAAGACAGUUUAAAAGCUGUUUUUAUUCAGAGACAAACUUUGUUUUUCUGACAUUAAACUGGAGAAACGAGGCGACCGUCUGUAAAAACUGAUUUUCUGUCCUGGAUCAGGUCCUUGACUCAUGUUUUUAAAAUAAAGUCAGAAUUUGUGUAAAGAUCUUAUUUCAGAUCAGGACCCUCUGCUCUGUCCCACCCCUGACUCUGAAUAAAUAAAUGUUCUGAUGUUUCCAAUAAAGACCCUAACUCCA